AGAGUCUGUGUGAAGAAGCAGGAAAUCAAAAGGAAGUCACCUUGUGGUAAACCUGAGAGAGAGAAAGAGUUUGAGCUCCAUCCUGUAGCAUGAUAAGAGAUCUUUAAACACUGAACUGUGUUAAAUUCAUUAAACAAUGAAUAAACUAAACAUAAUGAAGCUUCAUCUGCUGCUCCGUCAGGGGGAAGCUUCACCCCCAGAACCACCGGUUGCCAUAGUGAUGGUGGAAAUGCCUGAUGGGUGGACAUGUCCUCCCUGAUUAGCAUAUCAGCCCCUCACAGCCAAUCAGAAGAGGUGAAGUGCAGGGGGACUUCCUCCCCCUCCUCCCCCCUCCGGGUGACUCCAGUAAUCCUGAAGGAGAUCUUCCUCCUUCCGUCAAACUGCCACUGGAGUUUCAGUCAUGGCCACUGUGUGUGAACCACAAUGUGUGUGAGCUGCAGUGUGUGUGUGCGCGUGAAAGCGUCUCUUCCUGUUGUGUGUGCAGUGUGUGAGGGGUGUGUGUGCAGAGAGCUCCCGGCUUUAUCAAUGAACUUUUUUUGGGACACGUUUCUCCUUUGUGUCUGUUUUGAAUUUAUUGUCCAGAUGUUCGGAAUAUGGAAAUAAUGGAUAUAGUAGCUCAGAAAACGCCCUCUGAGGAUGAUGUGAAUGUGGCGAGAAGUUUUCUCACGAAGAUUUUACGAAGUUCCAUGAGGAGGAACCAGCCAAUCAGCCGGCCUCACUCCUGGCACUCCACCAAGUUCAACGAGAACCAAUCAGAGACUGCCAAACCUCAGGCUCCACCCACGCAGGCGUGGCACACCAUAAAUGAUGCCAGCUCCUCCUCAGAUCUGUCCUCUGGUUGGGAUCAGACCCCCCCGCUCAGAGUGUCCGAUCAGUUCAGUUCCCACGGCAGCAUGGACAGCUUAGACAGCCCCCCCCCCCCCUCUGGCCAGCUUUCCCCCCCAACCAGCAGCAUGGAGGAGCAUCUGGGGGGGAAGCGAGACUCGGCAUACAGUUCCUUCUCCACCAGCUCUGGGAUGCCUGACUACACCCUUUACAGGAGCAACGCGGCCUCCACGGAGAGCGUGGUUCAUCAGGUGAGUCAGUGGGAGGCGGGGGGGAGGAACCCCAGGACCCCCCCAAGCCUGAGGGAGGGCCACCAGCCGGAGGACAGGCUGGCCUACUUCCAGAUGCCGGGCCUCCCCUCUGCACAGACCGACGACCCGGCCCGGCACUCGACCUCCAGCAGAACCAGCUUAGGCCCGGUCUGGCAUGUCCCGGAGAAAAAGAAGACCUCCUCCCCCUCUCCCCCCCCGCCCCCGCCCCCCCCACCUGCUCGCAGCGACAGCUUUGCUGCCACUAAAGUUCAUGAGCGAGGCCUUAUACCCCCCUACCCUGAAGGUCCUGAACCACACAAGGCUUUCACUGAGAGCCGCCACGCUCACAACCUGCCGUCAUCUGAAGCACCGAACCAGAACCAGAACCAGAACGAGUGUAGCUCCAUUAGGCAUCCCGCCCAUCAGAGACACCACAGUGACAAGAGCACUUUCUACCCUCAGACCUGGACUGUCUCCGUCCCAAAGCCUCCUACCGCAGGGGGGUCUUACUGCAGCAUGCAGGACCUGCAGGACCUGAACACCAACAGUUCUGCACCCUGCGGUCAGAACCAGAGCAGGAUCCUCAGCUCCUCUGAACAGAUCUCUGACAGCAGCCGGUACUACUGUGUCACCACACAGAAUAAUCCCCCCCUGUCAGGAAGGAGCCUCAGCACAGACCCCCCAGCUGUCAACCUGCAGACCACCAGCCCCCCGGGGAAGCCUCAGGCCCCCCAACACUCCCCUCACAGCAAAGACAGUAAUGGAUACAACAUUAUCCAGGUGACCACAGGGCUGGAAACCAAACCAAGCCCUGAGGACCGGGGGCUGCAGAGUUAUCCUGCGAGCAGACCCCCCGAACAGAGGAGGUCUCUGCCCCCACAGGACUUCAGACAUCAGGUCAGCAACAAGAUCUGCCCCCAGGACGCCCCCAUGCUUCACUCCCUGUCCAUGGAUGCUGCCGGGAAAACUGAGAAAACAAGAGUCCUGAACCCUGAGGAGUCCAUUGAAGACCAGCAGGCGUGGCGCAGCGACCGCUUUGCCACCACUCUAAGGAACCAGAUCCAGAUGAGGAGAGCCAAUCUGCAGAAGAGCACCAGCAGCCUUCCUGGUGCCGAGGCUGACGAGGAGCAGGAGGUCUGGAGGCCUGAAGGAGACCCUCCGUCCUCUGCAGACAGAUCCUUCACCAGCUCCUACAAGGACCACCUGAAGGAAGCACAAGCCAGGGUGCUCAAGGCCACAUCUUUCAGGAGGAGAGACCUGGUUUUACUAGAGGCCCCUGCAGCUGAGGCCUCACAGAACUACAGGAAGGAGGGUCCCCCUUUGCCCACAGUUUCUGAGUCUGUGAUGGGUAAAACAAUCGGGGGUCCGGUGACCCGCAUCGGGGGCCGUAAGCGGUUUCCUGCAGAGAAGAAGGUCAGGUCUUUCUCUGAGCCGGACAAAAUCCACCAAGUUGGGGUGAAGGAAGAUCCUCCUCGCAAUGAAAGCUCCUUACUGGACCAAAAUAAGCUCCUCAGUGGAAAACCAGUUCUCCACAGCACCCCUGCAGAGAUCCCCUCUGAGACCAGGGCCAGAGGUCUCUGCUGGACCCCUGAACCAAAGGAGGACUCAGUGAGGGUCCUGAACCAGGGAGACCCUGCACAUCAGCCGGUACUAGACCAGCACCUAGUCCUGGACCAGCAGCGACUUGGCACCUUUGCUGAGUACGAGGCCCAGUGGAACACACAGAAGAAUAUCCAGGAAACCAGGUCCUCGGGUCGGUACCGAUCAGCAGAGAACAUCCUGGACCCGGAGGGGAGGAGGAACCCCACCUGCCUCCAUGAGAGGUCAAGAUCCAGUCCUUCAGCCCAAAGGUCCGGACAGAGGAUUCAAGUUCCUGCCGAACAGUCUGAGACAGAAUACUCCCGGACCGAGAGCAAAGCUGCUGCAGCAGGGCCCCCUCAGCCGAAGGACCACACAGAGCUUCCCCCCCUCCCCUCUCCCCCCCUCAUGGAGGAGCAGUGCCCCCCUUCUCCUCGCUUCUCUCCCCAGAGACUCAGCGAAGCCCCCCCCCAGGAGGAAGACAAGGACAGGGAGCAGCGUCUGACAGGAAUUAGACCCUCUGCAGGGACCAGGGUCCCCGUCAGGAUUCUGCAUUCAGGGGGGGGCAGCGACACCUGUCCAUACCUGCAGCAACCUGACCCCCCCACUGUGGAAGCUCAUGGGGGCCUCGCUGGUCUGGGCUCUGCAGGCCAGGACUCACACUGCAGUGCAUUCAGCCGACACACUGAUCCCCCCCACAGGGACCACCUGACCCCCACCCCAGAUCACAUGACCUCCAUCAGUUCGCCACCAGUGGGCCUGCCCUGCAGAGAGGGGGAGACCUCUGGGGGUUUGGGAGAGACGAACUCUGGGGGGUCGGGGGGCGAGACUCCGGGUCUGUCUGAGGACCAGAGGAGGGAGGCGCUGGCCCGGGUCAUCGUGGGGAAAGAUAAAUCUCUGGCUGAGGUUCUGGACCGCAGCCACAUGAAGACCACCAUGGACCUGAUGGAGGGCAUCUUCCCUGGGGGGGGGCAGCUGCUGGAGGGAGGGAACCAGCGCAGGAAGGUCCCCCCCAAACAGCGUUCGGGCCCCCCUGCUGAGACCAGGGAGCAGGACAGCAUGGCAGCAUCCGUCUCCAUGGUAACCAGCUCGUCCUAUUACAGCACAUCUGCUCCUAAAGCCGAGCUCCUCAUCAUGAUGAAGGACAUGAGGGAGGAAGAGGAUGAAGAGGAUGAAGAGGAAGAGCUGGACUCUGAGGAGGAGCUGGACAUAGACCUGGCCUUCAAGAAGCAGCAGCUGAUGCAGAGCCUCAGCAGGAAGCUGUCUGUGCUGCAGGAGGCACAGCAGAGCCUGCAGGAGGACGUGCAGGACAACAAUGCGCUGGGGGGGGCAGUGGAGGCUCAGGUGCAGCUGCUCUGCAAACCCAACGAGAUCGAAAAGUUCCGCAUGUUUGUGGGAGACUUGGACAAGGUGGUGAGUCUCCUGCUGUCUCUGUCGGGACGCCUGGCGAGGGUGGAGAACGCCAUUGACAGCCUGGAGGAGGAGGCGCCCCCCCAGGAGAGGCGCCUGCUGACGGACAAGAGGAAUGUUCUGAUCCGGCAGCACGAGGAUGCCAAGGAGCUGAAGGAGAACCUGGACCGGAGGGAGCGUCUGGUGUUUGACAUCCUGUCGCUGCACCUCCAUCAGGACCUCCUCACCGACUACCAGCACUUUGUGAAGAUGAAGUCAGCGCUCCUCAUCGAGCAGCGCAAGCUGGAGGACAAGAUCAAGCUGGGGGAGGAGCAGCUCCGUGGUCUGAAGGAGAGCCUGGAGAACCGGACCUCCUUCUGAAAGGGAAGAGCCUGAGAGGAACUGUGAGGAGACUUGGGUUGUAGUAGUGGCUGGUGUCCAGCAGAGGGAAGCAGAGGACUCUUUAGAGACCCUGAAGAACUCCUCCUGCAGCCCCUCCACCUCCUGCACAAUUAUGGCUGCAUUCAUGUGCUCUCAGAGAAAUGGGGAAAAGGAGCUCCAGACUCUAUGUGAACUCUUCAGAACAAACUGAACUCUGGGAUGAGUUUAAAGACUGUGGGAACAUUUCUGUAGCGUCCAUGUUGUUUCCAUCCGAGGCGUCCCUGAACGCACCACCUGCAGUUUGCAUUGUUUCCACGUUUUUAGUAAUUUAUUGUAGCCUGUUGGAUCCGAGCAGGAGGGAAAGUGUUUCAUCUUCAUCACGCUGUGUCAAAAUGUUGUCAUGUUUCAGUCAUUUUAUUUCCACUCACUUUAUUCUCCCCCCAAAGCAGCUGCUAACAGGAGGUAAAUAUGGUGGAUGUGAAAGCACUUUUUGGGCUUCAGUGAACAGAGCAGAGCUCUUCACAUUCAGACCUCCAGACCCUCCAGACCUGGACUCAAGUGAAGUCCAUCUGAAGUGCCUGUCGGGGGGGGGGGGGGGGGGGGGGGGGGGGGGUUAUAUUUCUGAUCAAGUGUUCUGUUGUGUUGCUCACAUUACAGAUGCUAAACAUGUCGUUACGAGAUACAUUUCAAGACUAAAGAUGUUUUGGAUUUCAAUCCUCCCACCUGUGUUUCCCAUGAUGCAUCACUGCUGCUGCUCCUUAUUUCAAAAAUAAAAGCUUCUGCUGAAUCGUG